AUGCCUACAUUCAGCAGUCAGGACAUUCCUGAUCUCCACGGCCAGGUUAUAAUCGUCACUGGAGGCAACGUGGGUCUUGGUUAUGAAACCAUUCGCCAGCUCAGCCAACAUAACCCGGCUACUAUCUAUCUCGCCGCCCGAUCCCAACCCAAGGCUGAACAAGCCAUUGCAGAGCUAAAACAGCACAAUCCAAAGUCCACCAACAUCCGUUUCUUACAGCUCGACCUUGCAUCGUUUGAAAGCGUCAAAGCAGCAGCGGCAGACUUCCUUCGUCAAGAGUCCCGCUUGGACAUUCUGAUCAACAAUGCCGGCAUCAUGAUGACCCCAGAGGAUGUCACCAAGGACGGAUACGAGAUCCAAUUCGGCACCAAUGUCCUGGGCCCAGCCUUAUUGACCCAGCUGCUUCUACCAACUCUGCGCAAGACGGCAAAAGUGAAUAGCCAGACCCGUAUGGUCAUGCUCUCUUCUGCCGCCCACGCCCGCGCGCCCACUGACGUUUACAACUUUGAUGAGCUUCGAACGAGCGCCCCAAACCGACAUACUACUGAGCGAUACACGACGUCCAAACUCGCCAAUCUUCACUAUGCGAGAGCUUUGGCGGAGAGGGAAGCGGGAGUCAAGAUUAUCCCGGUCCACCCGGGUAUGGUAGCCACGAACCUCCACCAUGCCUCAACGGGGGCUUUUCUUAAACCCUUCCUCUAUGCCGCGAUUUUCUUGGCUGGAACGCCAGUAGAGAAGGGCGCCCUUUCACAAAUCUUCGCGGCUGUAAGCCCCGACGCGAAACACGGACAGUACUAUGGGCCUAUUGGGAAGGCGGAAUCUGGUUCUAAGCUGAGCCAGAAUCAUGAUCUUCAGGAAGAAUUGUUUAGAUGGGUCCAGGGCGAGCUUUCAGGACAUAGCGAGAUAACUUUCUAG